UGCAGUUAUGUUUGUCUGCACCGUGAUUUCGUUAGUGAUAGGUUGACUGUAGGUUAAGAGCUAAAUAAAUAAUGACUACAGAGAUGUUUCAGCAUACAUGGAGGUUUUCUUUUUUCUUAUUUUUCUUAUUUUUCAUUAACUGUGCUACGAUUGAACUUCCUAAGUCUGUAAAUCAAGUGACAGAUGGUGGCAUAAUUGAAUUAUCAUUAAGCAAUUACAAUAAGUCUAUUAAAGAAGAUCAGGCUUUUAUCCAAUUAGUUAAUAUAGAUAAAAGCACAAAUCUUGCAAUAAAUGUUAAUGACAUACCUAUUGGAGUGACAUUUAUUAUUAUUCAAGCUCAUGCUCAUUUGUAUAAUAUAUCAAUGUCGUAUGCUAAAACAACUGUUAAUGAUGUACCUGGAAAAUCUAUAACUGGCACAAACAUAGGACUUUUUGUUGAAACGACUGAUAGCCGUAGUACAUCAGUUUAUGUUACAAAUGGAAAUAAUUUUCAAGUUGAUAGUCUCAUAGCUGUUGUAGCAUAUACAAAUGAUGCACCUUAUUCUGGUGGUUGCAAUAUGGAGUUCGAAAUCGAAAAAUCGCCAUUCCAAAAGUUGAUCUAUAGUAAAGCGACAGUAACUGUCGAUGCACAACCGGCCUCAGUGCCGAAAAUUGGGAAUGUUCAACCGAUAUGCGAAAAAUAUCCAUUGCAGCAUGACGCUUACCGCAUGUAUUUACCAGAGCAAGAUUUUAGUAAUGAAACUUACUUUUUGGCAAUAGCUAACAUGCUUACUGUUCGAGAUAUUCAAAAAAAUGCAGAUCCUAUACCAGCUUCUUUAUUCGGAUCAGCAAUGAGACGAGUUUACAGUUUGUACUCCGGAACCGGAUCAGUUUAUGGUAUGAUUGCGCAUUUUGCUAAUCGGUCUUCCGCUUAUGUUCCGAUUACUACGUACGGUUGCGACCCAUCUUCAGGUUCUCCUUCCUGCUCUCACUUAACAACUUCCUUCGAGAAAGUUUUGUGCGCUAUAACAUUUUUCAUUGGAAUGUUUGUAGCCAUGCGCGGACAGUAUUUUUUCAAAAUAUCCAUGUUUUUAUUAGGAAUGGUCACAGGUGGCUAUAUCGGUUGGACGAUAGGAGUUAGUAUCGGGACCUUUGAUGUUACAGGAUUAAUGUUGAUAGCUAUAUUUAUUAGUAUUAUAACUAGCCUGAUCUGGCUACUUCUUUGGAUGACCCUCAGCAGUCCAAUCCCGUCAUUAAUUUUUUCUGGCCUGAGCCUUGGGUCACUGCUAUUUUUCAUCUUCUACUUUUCCGUUCCAGCCGGAGCGCUGUACUUGGAGGUAGACGCAUACUUCUGGCUUCUCUACACGACUACCAUCAUCGUUGUUAUAUUGACUUUCAGUGUAAUUCCUCUUACUGGAAAUAUUUUAUGUUUUACGGUACUUGGUGCUUAUGCCUCAGUGCUCUCUAUUGAUUAUUAUAGCAAUUCCAAUCUCAAAUAUAUACUUGUGAACAGUAUACGACGUAUCACUGUUGACAAUUUCAAAGUAGCCGUCAUAGAUCCACCGUGCCAGGAUAAAGAUAUUUUACUCGUUAUUUUCUGGGUAUUUCUUGUAAUUCUGGGUCUUUAUAAACAAUGUGCAACCAAUUGGAAUCGUACUCCAUUUCCGCCGUCUAUAUCCCACUUAGUUCAUGAUACGGAAAGAACAUCACUGUUGCCGCCCUCAAGAUAUCAACAAAAGUACGGCUCGUCGAAUCGAAAUAAUCGACGACAGUCAUACUUGCAGAUAUUUUCAGACUGAUGAAUCAAAGUCAAUGCAUAAAUUACCAAAAAUUAGAGGAAAUUGUCAAUUUUCCUUCGACACGGGUGAUAUUUUUCAACUUAUUGUAGUUGUAACAAGAUUAUAUUUUUGUUUUACAAAACCCUAUCAAUUUAUUCUCAUUUAGCUUAUUUAAAAAUUAUUCAGUGAAUGUUAUAACUAUCCAAAAGUAAUUUUCAACUAGAGCUUUGAAAAUAGAUUGUAAAGUAUUGUUGAUUAACCGAAAUGUUUAUCAAAUAUUUUUUUGAAAAAUUUAUUAUAAAAAUACUUUUCCUAUUUUUCCUAUAUAAUAUUUUUGUAUUUUUGAAGUUAAUUGUUUAUU